AUGUCUAACCAAAUAUAUUCAGCGAAAUAUUCGGGGGUUGAUGUUUACGAAUUUAUUCAUUCAACAGGAUCCAUUAUGAAAAGGAAGAAGGAUGACUGGGUCAAUGCUACACACAUUUUAAAGGCCGCCAAUUUUGCCAAGGCUAAAAGAACAAGAAUUUUAGAGAAGGAAGUACUUAAGGAAACCCAUGAAAAAGUUCAAGGUGGGUUUGGUAAAUAUCAGGGUACAUGGGUCCCACUCAACAUAGCAAAACAACUGGCAGAAAAAUUUAGUGUCUACGAUCAAUUGAAACCAUUGUUCGACUUUACCCAAACAGAUGGGUCCGCUUCUCCACCUCCUGCUCCAAAACAUCACCAUGCCUCGAAGAUGGAUAGGAAAAAGGCUAUCAGAAGUGUAAGUACUUCUGCAAUUAUGGAAACGAAAAGAAACAAUAAGAAAGGCGAAGAAAACCAGUUUCAAAAUAGCAAAAUAUUGGGGAAUCCUACGGUUGCCCCAAGGAAAAGAGGUAGGCCGGUAGGGUCUACAAGAGGAGGAAGGCGAAAGUUAGGAGUCAAUUUACAACGUUCUCAGAGUGAUAUGGGUUUUCCUAGACCAGCAAUACCGAAUUCUUCAAUAUCGACUACGCAACUUCCUUCUAUUAGAUCCACCAUGGGACCACAAUCCCCGACAUUAAGUAUUCUAGAAGAAGAAAGACACGACUCUCGACAGCAACAACAACAACAACAACAACAACAACAGCAACAGAAUAAUUCAGCCCAGUUCAAAGAAAUCGACCUUGAGGACGGCUUGUCUAGCGAUGUAGAACCUUCACAACAAUUACAACAGGGUUUUAACCAAGGUACUGGAUUUGUACCCCAACAACAAUCUUCAUUGAUACAGACACAGCAAGCAGAGUCAAUGGCUACGUCCGUAUCGUCAUCUCCUUCAUUGCCUACGUCGCCGGGAGAUUUUGCCGAUAGUAAUCCAUUUGAAGAACGGUUUCCCGGUGGUGGCACAUCUCCUAUUAUUGCGAUGAUUCCACGUUAUCCUGUAACUUCAAGGCCUCAAACAUCGGAUAUCAAUGAUAAAGUUAACAAAUACCUUUCAAAAUUGGUUGAUUAUUUUAUUUCGAAUGAAAUGAAGUCAAACAAGUCUUUACCACAAGUGUUAUUGCAUCCGCCUCCACACAGCGCUCCAUAUAUCGAUGCCCCUAUCGAUCCCGAAUUGCAUACCGCGUUCCAUUGGGCAUGUUCUAUGGGAAAUUUACCCAUUGCCGAAGCGUUGUACGAAGCUGGAACAAGUAUUAGAUCGACGAAUUCUCAAGGCCAAACUCCGUUGAUGAGAAGCUCGUUAUUUCAUAAUUCAUACACCAGAAGAACUUUUCCUAGAAUUUUCCAAUUGUUACACGAAACUGUAUUUGAUGUCGAUUCACAGUCUCAAACAGUAAUUCAUCAUAUUGUAAAACGAAGAUCAACAACACCUUCUGCUGUUUAUUAUCUUGAUGUUGUGCUAUCUAAGAUCAAGGAUUUUUCCCCACAGUACAGGAUCGAGUUACUAUUAAAUACGCAGGACAAAAAUGGUGAUACCGCACUCCACAUUGCCUCUAAAAAUGGAGAUAUUGUUUUUUUUAACACAUUGGUCAAGAUGGGUGCAUUAACUACAAUUUCCAAUAAGGAGGGGUUAACUGCCAAUGAAAUCAUGAACCAACAAUAUGAGCAAAUGAUGAUACAGAAUGGUACAAAUCAGCAUACCAGUUCUUCAAUCACAGACUUGAAUAUUCAUGUUAAUACGAACAAUAUUGAUGUAAAAAAUGACGUUAAUUCAAUGGUAAUCAUGUCACCAGUUUCUCCUUCGGAUUACAUAACGUAUCCAUCUCAAAUCGCGACCAAAAUAUCAAGAAAUAUUCCUAACGUAGUGAAUUCCAUGAAACAAAUGGCUAGCAUAUACAAUGAUCUUCAUGAACAACAUGACAACGAAAUAAAAAGUUUGCAAAAAACUUUAAAAAGUAUUUUGAAAACAAAAAUGCAAGUAAGCCUUAAGACGCUAGAGGAAUUAAAAGAGAGCAGCAAAGAUGAAAACGACGAAGCUCCAGUCAGUGAUGAUUUUGAGAUGUUAUCUCGACUACAAGAACAAAAUGUUGAGAAAUUGAGAAAAAGGCUCAUACGGUAUAAAAGGUUGAUUAAACAAAAACUAGAAUAUAGGCAAACGGCCCUGUUGCAUAAGUUACUAGAAGAUGAAACCCAGGCUACCGCCAAUAGCAUAGAUGACAACGAUAAUAAUGUACUAAAAAGGUUAGAAUUAGCUCAAGAAUUGACAAUGUUGCAAUUUCAAAGGAGAAAACAGUUGGAUUCCCUACUGAAGAAAUUUGAAGACAAUGCCAAGAUUCAUAAAUAUAGACGGAUUAUCAGGGAAGGGACAGAAAUGAAUAUCGAAGAAGUAGAUAGUUCGCUGGAUGUAAUACUACAGACAUUGAUAGCCAAUAAUAAUAAAAAUAAGGGCGCAGAACAGACUAUCACAACCUCAAACGCGAAUAAUCAUGCAUAA